AUGUUGUCGUGUAUUUUUUUGCUUAGUGAAGAUGGCGAGGUGAUGGUCGAGCUGCAAUUUAGUGAGAGAAUCCCGCGCUCGACGCUGGAGGGAUUCUGGUCCACCUUCAUAGCACCGUGGAAGGAAACCAGCGAGGCGCCAGCGGCCAUUGUCACUUACGGUGGCACCGUAUUUUCGCAAAUCCACCGCAACAAUGUAUUUCUGGUCGGUACAUACCCUUCGGACGAUACGGCACUAGUGGUAAUAGAGCAGCUCUGUCUCGUGGCCCACGUUCUCACAACAUACCUUAGCGAGGUGACGGAGAAUACCAUUCGAGAAAACUUCUCUACCGUCUAUCAGCUAUUACAGGAGAUGUUUGACUACGGCUACCCCCUCACCACGGAGCUCUGCGCACUGGAGGAGCUGGUGCCGCGACCGACACUUGAGAACCGCGUGCGCACGAUGCUAGACACACCGCUUGUGAACAAGGUGAUGCCAGUGGGCAGCCGCACUGCCAUUGGGGUAGGCACCCGGCAGGUGUCCAGCUCCUUCGGCGGUGUGCCGUGGCGGGACCCAGAGACGCGUCACAGCACGAAUCAAAUACUCUUUGACGUGGUGGAGUCGCUGGACUGCGUGUUGGACAGCGAGGGCCGCUGCGUCAGGGCCGCUGUGCAGGGGAGCAUCGAGGUGAAUUGCCGGCUUAGCGGCAUGCCUGACAUGAUGCUGCGCCUGCGGGAUUUCGACGCCGUUGUGGACGACGUAGCUUUUCAUCGAUGCGUCCGUCUGGAUCGCUACGAGCACGAUCGCACACUCUGCUUCAUUCCUCCCGAUGGAAAGUUCACGCUGAUGAAGUACACCUGCAAAACUACCCUGCCGAUACCGCUGCCACCGUUUUACGUGACGCCGCAGGUCACUUUUAACGCCACGGGUGGCCGCUUCCACUGUAUGGCAGGCAUCCGCGGUGGUGGCACGGGUUUCUCUUCUGUGGUGGAGAGGGAUAAGGAGGUGCAGCGGCUGUCGGUGUGUCUCCUGCUGCCGCCAAACACGUCAUCGCUCACUGUGACGAACUGCUCAAGCGGCACAACCGUUUUCGACCGCUCCAAGGGGACGCUCACGUGGAGCGUGGGCAACUUAACGUAUUCCGCAACGCCGUCUCUUGGCGGCGAGUUCUUAUUCGAAGCGGAGGGUGGUGGCAGCAAUGGUGAGCGAGGGCCUGAUGCCGCGGCAUCAUCGAAGCUGGCACGGAGAACAACCCGUGAGGCCGGAGUUGGAAACGCCUCCAUGGCCACCGUGACCUUCCAGCUGCCGAACCGAAUCAUGAGUAGCCUUUGUGUAGACUCGGUGCAGGUUUUGAAUGAGAUCGGCAGGCCAUACAAAGGGAUCAAGUAUAUAACGAAGUCUGGCAAGUACUUCAUCCGAGGUGUAUGA